CGCUUCAUAAAAUUUAGACAAGCUACACAGUCUAUGUACAGCUAGUCAAACAUAUUUUGCUCAACCUGAUCGUUGCUUCAAUGCCUUCUGCCCUCCGUUAGAUUGUUUCAAACUCGUACUGCUGCAAACAGCAUCCACACCCGAACACAAAUGCAAUAGUGCAACUUCCUACUCGUCUGAUUAAAAGGCUCUUCCAUGUCAGGGACAAUGAUAAAUGACAUAAAUGACGAAUCUCGGGUCUCAAAUCAAACACCUCAAACUUCAGCAGCAGGUCAUGUUGCCCGCCGGCCGUCUCAAUAUUAUGCCAACCAUUUCGAGGAUAUCAUUGCAGACGAGAAUGUUUUUCAACUGAUUGGUUCUUCCAGUGGGCAAACGACGAUGGCCAAAACCGUCUCCGCCAAGGCGCACGCAACUCAAUGUUUUGGGGAUGUGUCCGAUACCACAUUCCAGCAGAUCUCGAAGGAUCGCUCCCGCAGCACAGAGAAGGGAAAAGUUGAGGGCCAGCAUGAUAGUGUACGCCAUGAUGCAGUUGGGCCCGGACGAAGGCUGGGCCGUGAUACCUAAAGUAUCUUAAAAAAUUUUUUGUGUAUGUCUGAUUCUACUUUGUGGCAAACUUUUCUUAUUCUGGCGAGAGAUACAAUUAACGAGCGGCACACAUCCGAGUGACUGAUGUGACGGCUACUCGCUCCGGCUGCUUUGUGGUCCAGUCCAGUCCCAUACCUGCUCAGGGUUACUUUUCGGGUCUUGCGGGAUAUGUAGAUACGUUCUGUCUACUCAUAACCGAUAGCUUCGUUUCAUUUUUACGGAUAUCCAGUCAUGUCUUGGUUAAGCCGAAUUGCCGUAUGACAGAAGACUUUCAAUUAGGUUUCAAAUCUUUGAAUAUGAAGUUUACGAACUAAGGUCUUUGUUCAGGUUUCAGUGGUUUAGCAAUACAACCAAAAUCCUGGACGUAUUCCACGA